AUGGCAUUUGGCUUUUUUUCAACACAAUACGAUGAUCAAGGCACCAUGGAUGAUGGUAACUGGCAAUACUUCGGCCUUACAAAGACUCAGCGUCUCUAUGCAUUCGGUAUAGCGUUUGUAGCAGGCACGCUUCUUUCUAUUGUGUCAACCAUCACCUUGAUCACCAACAUUACAGCAUUUGCCAUUCUCUAUAGUAUCGGCAACAUCAUUUCUUUACUCAGUUUGACUUUUAUUAUUGGUCUCAAGAAGCAAUUCAAGACAAUGUUUGCACCUGUUCGUUUCUGGGCAACUGUCAUAUACCUUGCAAUGCUGGUCCUUACCAUUAUUAUAUCCGUUACCUUGCAAAAGUUUUUCCUUUCAUUGAUCUUUGUUAUUAUCCAAUUCGCUGCAUUAGUGUGGUAUUCUGCAAGUUACAUCCCUUACGGUCGAGAAAUGAUUCGUCGUUUCUUUGGCAGUUGUAUUACAUCAAUUUAG